UUUGGGUAUUUCUAUCUCCUGCGUCUAAACAGAGCUGAUAGGAUUAGGCUUUUGUAAAGAGGCUCCCAGCUCUUGGACGCUCAAAUGACUCUCGUCUGAUUCUGCACAUAUUUCUGUCCAUUGAGCCUCGUAUUUUUGGAUAGCAACAUAUUUGUUGUUAGAAGGGAUAAAAGUGGCCUGAGUGUGGUCAUUUUUAAAGAAGUGGGGAAGUGUCACAGCAGUUGACUGAGCUCUGAGCCUGCACAUCGUGGGAAUCUGGAACACUUGGUUGAAGUUUUUGUGUCCUCAUUCCUGCAGUUGAGGCUUGUGAUUUAACACAGCAGGGAGUAUAGCUCCUCUGGGUCAGUCUCUCUUGGACCUUCUUUUUGAUGCUGACUUUGGAUCUACUCUGACUCACACCAAACUCUGGAACCAGCCUGAUUCACAUCAAACUUCAUAAAACGGAAAAGCUAUGGGAGUAACUAACUCCAGGGAAUACAGCUACUAUCAUGCUGACACCCCCAUUAAGGUUGUGCUGAAAAGACGGAACGAGCCCCUCAAAAAGGAGCGUCCAAAAUGGAAGAGUGAGUAUCCCAUGACAGAGGGCCAGCUGCGCAGCAAGAGAGAUGAAUUUUGGGAUACAGCCCCAGCCUUUGAUGGAAGAAAGGAAAUCUGGGAUGCACUCAGAGCAGCAGCCCUUGCUGCAGAGAGCAAUGACCUAGAACUAGCACAGGCUAUAGUGGAUGGAGCCUGCAUCACACUGCCUCAUGGCUCUCUAGCAGAGAGUUAUGAUGAACUGGGCAACCGCUACCAGCUCCCAGCCUAUGCUUUAGCCCCGCCCCUCAACCUCAUCAGUGAAACUGCCAAUGAGAGCGAAGCACCUGAGCACACAGAGAAACAAGCUCCACCCCCUCCGACCAAACAGGAGUUCCAGCUGCGGGUGCGCUUGUCAACAGGCAAGGACGUGCGUCUGACAGCCAGCAUGGCGGACACCAUCGCCCAGCUGAAGAAGCAGUUGCAUGAACUGGAGGAAAUUGACUUGGCCCAUCAAAGGUGGUUCUUUGCUGGGAAACUCCUCACCGACAAAACCCGUCUCCAAGACACCAAGAUCCAGAAGGACUUUGUCGUCCAAGUCAUUGUCAAUCCAAACCCUCCAGUUACAAUCAACUGAGGGGAGAGAGAGUGAGGAGAAUGAAGUGAAGAGAGAGGACGUUCAGAGAGAGUGGCAGGAAUGGGGCGUAGAGCUCGAAUUUAUUUAAUUUUGUGUACAUUUUUAUAAAAUGUUUGCUUUUGUAUUGCUCCUUUUUGUAUUUUUCCUGCCCCGCCCUCAAAAUGAACUAAAAAAAUACAAAGCACUGAAACACUUUAGAUGAAAUGUAGAGUCCUGAGAUGUACAUCCCCAUGUCUGUCUGUCUGUUUGUCUGGAUGGUCAUCAGUCUUCCUCAGUAAGCCAUACCGACUCACAGCCCGUUGUUUACAUGUGUUCUCCUUGUCGUGCAUGUUUGUGCUUAUACUCAUUGAUAUACUGAACUGGUCAGCCAGUCGAUAACGCCAUUCUCUUUUUAUGAUUUCUGUUGUUUGAUUCAGUAUGUGGGAAGGCAAUGACAAAAUACUGUAAUGAAAACACAACGUAAAUAUUUGUUUCCAUGUGUGCCAGUUGAUCGUGUAAAUAUGUACAUUUGUUAAAUUAAUGUACACAACCUUUUCCAAUCACAACUGUAAAUGCAUAAUAAAGACACGGAAUGUAAUGAAGGUACCUUUUUAAAAGGUGAAAAGUAGAUGAUUUGAUUUAUUUUUAUUUCAUCACUCCAAAUACAAUUUGUUUAAAUGCUGUAGUUUUUUAUGUGAAAUAUGAUGUUCACUGUAUUUGACUAAAUUGUGAAUAAAUAUUGUAAAUUUAAAUCAAA